GGUACGGGUAAGGGGUCUGAGGAGGAGGGUGAGGGAUUCAGCAAGAAGAGCAGUGAGAGGUACAGCGAUAGUGGCAGUGGGAGUGAAGGGAGAAAGGAGAGCGAGAGUGUGAGGAGUGCGAAUAACGCUGCCGUUGGUGCUGCUAGUCCCAGCCAUCAGCUUGGGACGCCAACAGGUGGCGCUGCGUCAUUGGCGGAUGCGAUGCGGUCGCCUGGAUGGAAGAGGCCUCUCACUGUGAAGGUGGGGGGGAGUUCCCAAGAGCCUAGUUCAGAGGAAGAGGAGGAGGAAGAGGAGGAGGUGGAGGAGGAGGAUGAUGAUGAGGAGGAAGGCAGUGAGGAUGUUACUGCAACUGAGGAGGAGGAGGAGGGAAGCUCAAUUGAGGAUGAGGAUGAAGAGGAGGAGGAGGAGCAGGAGGAGAGUGUGUUUACAGACGAUAGGAGCUCAGAGGGAGAGCGGAGUUUGGAAAGUGACAGGAGGUCAGAGAGCGAGAGGAGAUCAGAAGGGGAAGAAGAGGAAGAGGAGGAGCAGGAGGAGAGUGUGUUCACAGACGACAGGAGCUCAGCAGCAGGGCAGAGCUCAAAAGGUGACAGGCGUUCAGAAGGGGAUAGGUCAGAGGGUGUCGGGUCAGAGGAGGAUGGGAUGUCAGAGGGAGAGGAUGAUCUGGAGGAGGAAGGAGGGGAGAGUGUUGGGAGCGAGGAGGAGGAGAGGUGGCGAAGAUGCUUCGAGCAGAGAGCAAGAGGCGGCAGUGAGGGGAGUGGGGAGGGGAGUGAGGAGGGGAGUGAGGAGGGGAGUGGGGAGGGGAGUGAGGAGGGGAGUGAGGAGGGGAGUGGGGAGGGGAGUGGGGAGGGGAGUGAGGAGGCGAGUGAGGGAUUUGGGGGGUCUGAUAGGAGUCCCAGCAAGAAACCCCAACCACUGCGAGCAAGCGAGUACCACACGACAGAGCUGCCGACCAAUCAGGAGCGUCCAGCUGGACGUGCAGUCAGCCAAAGCGUGCCAGAGGGAGGAAGGAGAAGCAGGUCUGCAGUGGGAACUGCAAUAGCACCGGCAGCUGCACCAGCAACGGCACCGGCAGCAGCAGCAGCAGCAGCAGCAGCACCAGCUGCACCCCCUGCUGCCAUCUCGGCUGCAACUCUGGCUGCAUCUCCAGCUGUGUCCCCAGCAGUGUCUCCCAAGCCCAAGUUCUCUCCCCUUCCCUUGUCUCACCCCCCUGAACCCAUCCCCUCUAUUCUCCACCCAAUGGACCCACGUGCAAAUCCAGUUUCCGUGCCUCCUCACACCACAGCCUUCUCCUACCGCCCAUGCUACAGCCGCUCCUACCGCCCAUGCUACAGCCUCGCAUCGCCCCCCACUCUGCUGCUUCUCCCGUCCCCCAGUCCUCCACCCACUGGACCCACGAGCGCAGCAGCAGCUGUCUGUAGCACAGGAGAGAGAGAGGGUAGUGAAGGGGAUGCAAGGGCGAGUGAGGCGGAGAGUGUGAGUGGUAGUGGAGAAGAGAGCAGGAGCAGUGUGGGGGGGAGUGAUUAUGGGAGUGAGGCUGAGAGUGAUGUUGAGAGUGAGGGGGAAAGUGUUGAUGGAAGUGGUCUGAGCGCGGAAGGAAGUGAGGGAAGCAGUGAGGAGACAGGGAGCAGUGAGGGAGAGAGUGAGGGAGGGAGUGGGGAGAGUGAGGAGGAGAGUGGGGAGGAGAGCGGGGAGGAGAGUGAGGGUAGUGUGACGGAGACAGAUGCUGUGACCCGAACCAGCUACUCAGGGAGUGAGGGAGAGGAGUCAGAGAAAGAGGAUGGGUCGAGCGAAGGGGAGAGUGAGAGUGGGGAGAGUGAGAGUGGGGAGAGUGAGAGUGGGGACAGUGAGAGUGGGGAGAGUGCGAGUGGAGAGAGUGAGAGUGGAGAGAGUGAGAGUGGAGUGAGUGAGAGUGAGGAACAAAGUACAAGGUGGCGAGUGUGGCGAGUGUGGCGAGUGUGGGUGGGGAGGGGGAGUGUGGUGGGGAGGAGUGAGGGAGUGAGGGUGGACAGUCUGCUGAUAGAGGUGGAGAGUGUGGCUGGGGGGGAGAGUGUGGCGGGUGGAGGGAGUGUGUUUGGAGGGGAGAGUGUGGUGGGAGGAGGGAGUAUACUGGGAGAAGAAGAUGUGAUUCUUGAAGGGGGAGAAGAGGAGGCAGAGGGAGCAAGCAGUAGGGAAGGAAGCGAGCCGGACAGGAGCGUGGGAAGUGAGGGAGUGGAAGAACAUGGGAGCGAGGAGAGUGAGGAAGUGGAAGAAAAUGAGAGUGAGGGGAGUGUGUGGAGCGAACAUAUCAGCGACGGGGAGGGGCUGGGUGGUGAAAGAGGGAGUAUCGUCGGGAGUGGAAGUGAGAGAGAGGAGGCUGCGAGUGAGGGAAUGCCUGCUGACGUGGUGAAACCUGCUGACGUGGCACAGUCUGCUGACGUGACCAAGGCUGCUGCUGCAGCAAAGGCUGCUGACGUGUCGCUGGCAGCACUGAUGGCAAGGACACCCGACGCGAGGCCGGUGACUCCGGUGCGGCACAGGACGUGGCUGGAGGUGCUGCAGAGCCAUGCGGUGCUGUCAGAACUGAUGACGGAGGAGGACAUGGGUGCGCUGCAGUUCCUGUGCUCCGUGGACUUCUACAAGUCGCAACACAGCAUGGAUUUCCGCGUGGACUUUCUCUUUGACGCCAAUCCGUUCUUCACCAAUGAAUACCCUUUCCUCGGACAUUCCCUCAACCUCGGCAUCUCCUAUCUUUGCUUGCCCCACUCCCAUGCCUUCUGCCUCUCCUCUCAACCUGCCAGCACCCCCAUAGCAUGGCAACCAGGCAGGGACUUAACUAAGCGUCGCACGGGGUGGUUCGGCUGGGCUGCUGCCACUCUCACGCAGGGAGGGAAGGGAGGCGGUGCUGGUGCGGGUGGUGGCAGGAGCAGCUUCUUUACACUGUUUGCCUCUCGACCUGCGCUCUCUGCUUCUGAAGCCAACGAGGAAGCUGUGGUGAGUGGCGCAGGCAGACUGGCAGUGCUGGUAUGCUGGAAGAAGCCGCUCUCACCAAUAAUCUCCUUCUUGCUGAAAUCCCUCCUACUCUCCCCGCCCUUUCCCCACCCUCCCCUGCCUCUCCCUCCUCCUUCACACCCAUCAGCGCAUGAAGAUGCUGGAAGAAGCCGCUCUCACCAAUGCUUGCUCCGCUGGUACACUGUAAAGUCGCUGGGGGGUGGAGAGGAGGAAGAGGUGGAAGAGGAGGAAAAAGAAGAGGAGGAGGAGGUGGAGGAGGAGGAGACGAAGAAAGCUGGGGGAGCUGAAGCUGUAAUGACUUUGGAGACGUCUCAAAAAGCGAGUCCUGCAGGGAAGCAGGUAGAUGGCCGUCCUAGUAUCGAGGAGGAGGGAGAGAGAGUGGAAGACGGAGAGAGUGUGGCUAUGCGGCAGGAUGCGGGAGAGAGUAGGGAGGAGUUGAGAAUAGGGCGAAUGGUGGGGGGAGAGAGUAGGGAGGAGUUGAUUCAACGGGAGGUGGAAAAGAAGCAAGGAGGAGAAGAGGAGGAGGAGGAGACAGAAGUGAGUCAAAGAGAGGAGGAAGAAGAGGGGGAAGAGGAGGAGAGUGGAAUGAUUGUAAAGGACCAAGGCACGUUUGAAAGGGAUGGGGAGAUGGAGAGGGUAGGAAGGAGCAGAGAGGAAGAAGGGGCGAACAUAAGGGAGGUGGAGACGACGACAGGGAAAGCAGCAGACGUAGCAGGGACGGAGAUCGAAGGUGUAGGGGCGGAGAUUGAGGGUGUGGGGGCGGAGAUUGAGGGUGUGGGGGCGGAGAUUGAGGGUGUGGGGGCGGAGAUUGAGGGUGUAGGAUUGGGUUUGAAGGGAGAGCGUGCAAUGGUAGUGGCAGCAACAAGUGAUGCAGAAGGGGGGAGUGAGACGGGUGUGACCGAGAGGGAGGAGAGUGAGAGGGAGGAGAGUGAGAGGGAGGAGAGUGAGAGGGGGGAGAGCGACAGUGGCAUGAGUGGCGAGGUUGAGCAGGACAGCUGGCUGGGUGAGGGGACGGCAAUCGGGACAAUGCAGGUCCAGAAGUUGAAGGAUGGAGGGGAAAGAACGGUAGAGGAUGAAUACGAGGAGGAGGGGAGCAGUAAGGAGGAGGAGGGGAGCGAUGAGGAGGAGGAAAGUGAUAUUUAUGUGAGAGGGGACGAUCUGAGGGGUGAUGACCUGAGGGACGAUGACCUGAGGGACGAUGACCUGAGGGGUUCCAGUGGCAGUCUAGGGGAUGCCAUGCCUGGUAUGGCAGGGGGAGGAGGUGGGGAGGAAGGGGAAGAGGAAGGUGCAGCAACAGGGGCAGAGGCAGGGGCAGGGGCAGGGGCAGGGGCAGGGGCAGGGGAAGUGGGGGGUGGAGUCGAGGGCGGGACGGAAGAGGAGGAUUCGUGGAUCGGGGUCCGCGUGGGUGGGAGGAGCGAGAGUAGAGAGGGCCGUGACAGGGGUGCGUUGCGAUACGAGGGGGUAGGGAGUGAGGGAGGGAGCGAGGGAGGGAGUGAGGGGGAGAGUGAGGGAGGGAGUGAGAGGGGAAGCGAUAGAGGGAGCGAGGGGGGGAGCGAUGGGGGAGGGAGUGGGCAGGGGAGCUCCGUGGAGGGCGAGCUAGCAGAGCUGAUGCAUGCAGUGGAUGGGCACUCGCUGCCCUUCUGGCAUGCUGUGGCUGCCACAGGCGGAGAUGGGCUGGUGGGACUAGAGGGACGGGAGGAACUGGAGGGUCUGGAGGGACUGGAGGAACUAGAGGGAGUAGAGGGAGUAGAGGGGCUAGAGGCCCUGAAGGGGGCCGAUGCUGGUGUUGCUUCUGCCGCAGCUGUUCCUGUUCGCUCCCGUACAGGGACUCCAAUGCCUGGCAUCCGUGCUGCUGCUUCGGGCCCUGCUGCCGCUGCCACUGCGGCUCCUUCUGCUGCAACUUUCACGUACUCGCGAACAGGAACACCCAUGCCAGGAGUCCGUCCUUCUGGCUUACCUCCUCCUCCUCCUCCGCCCGUUCCCAGUGCUGCUGCUGCACGUGCUUCUCUGCCUGCUGCUUCCGCUGCUGCUCCCACUUUGGCAUCCCGUGCCACAACCCCCAUGCCAGGAGUGCAUGCUGCUGCAGCUUUACCCCCUACCUUCCCUCCUCCUUCUGCUGCCCCUGCAGCGUUCUCUCGUUCUACUACCCCCAUGCCUGGUGUGCAUGCCGCUCUUGCCCCUGCACCUCAUCCUUCCAGGGCAGUAACACCCAUGCCCGGUGUCCACGCCCCUCUUGCUCCUCCUGCUGCUGCUGCUGUUGCUGCUGCCCCUGCAACGUUCUCUCGUGCCACUACACCCAUGCCUGGCGUCCACUCUGCCAUUCCAGGCACCUCCACUGCUUCUCCCUCUGCCUCUGCUGCUGCUCCUUCCUUCUCCCGCACUCUCACGCCCAUGCCUGGCCUCCCCCCUCCUCCUGCCCCUCCUCCUCCUCCUGCUUUCUCCAGAGCAGUAACGCCCAUGCCUGGGCUUGCACCUGCUUCUAGUGCUGCUAGUGCCCCUAAUGCCCCUACUGCUACUGCUUCAUUCUCCAGAGCAGUGACGCCAAUGCCUGGGAUUUCACCUGCUGCAAGCUUCCCUCCUCCACCUGUUCCCCAUCCUCCUCAUCCUGCUGCUAGUGCUGCUGGUGCUGCUAGUUCAGCAUUCUCCUCCAGGGCAGUCACGCCGAUGCCUGGUGUCCAUCACUCCUCCCCAUAUCCACCUGCUGCUGCUGCUGCGCCUCCUCGUGUUCUAGCUUCUGCCGCGCUCUCCCGGACAGUGACGCCCAUGCCAGGUGUUCGUGCUGCAGCUACUCCCAUGCCCGGCGUUCGCGCCACAGCAACGCCCAUGCCUGGCGUGCACGACAUGCCUGAUGUGCGUGCCACAGCUACACCCAUGCCCGGUGUGCGCGCCACAGCGACACCCAUGCCCGGCAUGGCUGGGGAGAGCAGCAGGCAGCAGCAGCAGCAGCAGCACGGGAGAGCUGCUGUCAGCAGGGGCCACUCGCGGGGAGCGACUGAGGGGGCUGCGUUUUACACCCCCGUUGAAGGGGCAACUGCGUUUUACGGCCCGCCAACUGAGCAUGCGGCCUUCUUCGCCCCCCCUACUGACGGGGCUGCGUUUUACGCCCAAGCUGUGGGGCGCUCCCAGUCCCACAGGCACGCUGCAAGCCCCUCCCACUCGUAUUACAGGCAGGCUGUAAGUCACGGUCGCAGCCAGAGCCACGGCCCUAGGGGGUGGGCUGUCACUGACCCUCACGUUGCUGCUGCUGAUCAAGCAGGGACGGAGAGCGGUUUGGAGGUGUGGCGUGCGGUCAUGCAAGGGUAUGGGGAAGGGGGUGUGGGAGGAGCAGAGGUGGGGUAUGGGGAGCAGGGUGCGGGGACAGGGAUGGGGGGGGGUGGGGGAGCAGUGGGAAUGGGGUAUGGGGAGGGGGAUAAUGUGGGGGAAGCAGGGAUUGAGUAUGCGCUGGGAGGCAGUGAACAAUCAGGAGCAGGGAUAGCCUGUGGGCCGUGGCAGGAAGGGGGAGAGGGGGUUGUGGGGGGGAGUCAGAGGCUGGUGGUGGCGAGUGGGAGUGAGAGGGACGGCGAUAGGAGCAGUGUGGGGGACAGGAGCAGUGUGGGGGAUGGGAGCAGUGUGAGUGUGGGGGAUAGCCUGGUGUCGCUUCUGAGAAUUCUGAAAAACGAGGGGGAGGGCGAUGGGAGCAGUGUGGCGGAUAGUCUAGCAAGCAGCAUGGAUGGUGGUGGUGGUGGUGGUGGUGGUGGUGGUGGUGGGGGCAUGCCGGGCAUGGCUGAUGGGAGGUCUGGUGAGUUGGGAGAUCUGAUGGACGCUCUAGAUGGGGAGCUGUCACCGUUCUGGACCGCUCAUAACAGUGUGGGGAGCUUGGGGAGUGUUGGGGUAGGGAGGACUGGCAGCAUUGGAAGCGUUGGGCUGGCCAGGACUGGGAGCUUUGGGAGUGUUGGGAGCGCAGGGAGGAUGUUGAGGGGGAGUGUGGGGAGUUUUAGGUCGGUGAGGGAGGAGCGGGAGGCAGGAAGGGGAGGAGAGGAGGGUGAGGAGGAGAGGGAAGCGAGGAUGGAUGUGUGGAGAGAGGUGAUGGGGAAUUACUGGGAGUUGAGAGGGGCGGGCGCGUUCGGGUAUAGACAUGCCGACAGACAUGCAGAGAGACGUGAGGAUAAACAUGAGGACAGGGAUGAGGGGAUAGAUGAGGAGGGCAUGCGUGUGAACGGCAAGGUGGAUACGUGUAAGGGGGAAGAUGGUCGGGUGGGUGGUGCAUCACAAGACUCAGUGAUGCUAUUGUAUGAUGGUUUGGGUGAGAGUGUGAGUGGCAAGGUUGGGGAAGCGGAGGAUGAGGAAGAGGAGGAGGAGGGUGGUUUGGGGGUUGAGGGUAGGGAGGACGGGCAUGAGGAGGAGGAGGAGGAGGAGGAUGAGGAGGAGGAUGGGAGGGUGGUUGUGGUGUUCAAAACGGCAACCAGAGCUGCUGAGAUCCACGUGGAGGAGAGGGAUAGGGGCAGUGCGGAUCUUUCUGCUGGUGUGGCAAGCGAUGCUGAUGUGGCGAGUGAUUUGAGUGAGCACGUGCUGUACAAUGCUGAAGAUGAUGUGGCAGGUGCUGGUAUUGUGACACGUGGGAUUAGCACACAGGAGGAAAGUGGAGAGUGGGAGGAGUCAAGAGAUUUGGAGCAGGAGAGGGAGACAGUGGGGGGAGUGGAGGAUGAGGGGGAGAGGGCGGUGAGUGGAAAGGCAAUAGCAGAAUUUGAAAGUAUUGGUGGUGAGGAUGAUGGUGCAGCAUCUGAUGUCUUAUCUGAUGGGGUACACGAUAGUGAGGAGAAUGAUGAUUUGGGGGACAUGCAUGGUAGUAGUGUGCAUGAGGAUCAAGAGACGGAGGAGGAAGGGGUAGAAGAAGAGGAGGAGGAGGAGGAGGAGGAAGAGGAGGAGGAUGAGAGGGUGGUUGUGGUGUUUAAGACAGCAACCAAGGGGAAAGCGGAUGAAGAGGAAGAGGAGAUGGUGGGAGAGUCUACGACUGAGCAUGGGUCACUGACUGAGAACCCUCUUGAUACGGAUACCGAGGAUGUUGAUAAUGAGUAUGAGGAAAACGAGAGGGUGGUUGUGGUGUUUAACCGGCCAAGGACUGGCGAGAAGAGGGAGGAGGGGGAUGGAGGAGGGGAGGAGGAUGAGGGGGAGGAUGAAGAUGAUAUGUUGUUAGGUAGUGUGGUUGGGGAUGCGAUUCAGACAGGAAGUCAAAUGGCCAGCCAGACAGGCAGCUAUGUGGGCGAGGAGGAGGGUUGGGAGGCCGGAGAAGAGGAAGAGGAAAUUGCUGGUCGUAGUGAGGAGGGGAGUUUGGAGGAUGGGGAGAGGGUGGUUGUUGUGUUCAAGAAGGCGACACAUGCUGAGAAGGACGAGGAAGAGGAGGAGGAGGUAGAGGUGGAGGAGAUAGAGAAGGAGGUGGAGGAGGAGGACGAAGCAGAGCACGAGAUUGCUGGUAUUAGCGAAGAUGGGAGUUUGGAGGAUGGGGAGAGGGUGGUAGUAGUGUUUAAGAAGGCGACACAUGCUGUGGAGGAGGAGGAGGAUGGAACAGAGGAGGAAGAGGUGGAGGAGGAGGAAGUAGAGGAGGAGGUUGCUGGGAGUGAGAGGAGGGUUAGGAGGGGGAGUGUGAGUAGGGAUGGCAGCAAGCGGUCGGGGAGGAGCAGUGUGAGUGAGCAAGAAGGUGACCAUCUGGUUGAGAGAGAGGUAGAGACAGCAAGUGUUGGCGGGAGUGAGAAAGCGAGUGAGGAAGGGAGUGAGGGUGAGAGAGGGAGCUUGAGCAAGAGUGAUAGUGGCAGUUGGAGUGAGAAGAGGAGCAAGCACAGUGCCACCGGCACUGCUACCGAAAGUGCUACAAGCAGUGUUACUGGCAGUGUCAAAAGCAGCGCUGCUGACAGUGCUGCAGGUGGUAGGAGUCAGAGUGGGAUCGAACGAGCGAGCGAGCAAGCCAACAGCAUGAGGAGCAGCUCUGAUAGCAGUGGCGUGAGAGAGAGGAGUGGCAGUGAGCGUGAGAGAGUGGUGGAGACUUUGAGUGAGCAUGAGAGUGUGCAUGAGAGUGUGGGGAGGAGUGUGAGUGAUAAUGAGAGUGAGCAUGUUAGUGAUCGUGAGAGUGAAAUGCGUAGUAAGAGCGAGAGUGAUGGGGAAAGUGUGACCCUUAGUGAAAACGAGGGGAGUGGAAAAGAUAGUGUGAGUGGAAGUCACAGCGAAGGCAGUAGUGCGAAGGAUGACACUGAGAGUGUAGCGAGUGAGGGUGUGAGUGAGGCAGCGAGUGAGGGAGUGAGUGAGGGGAUGAGUGAGGGAGGGAGUGAGAGUCCCAGAAGCAGCAGAAGCCAUAGCAAAUACAGCAGCACGAGUUCCAAACAUAGCAGUGCAGUGAGUGACUCGCUCAGUGGAGCGAGUGGGGAUAAUUCAGCCGCUGUGGGCAGAGUUGGUAGCACAACAGGCAGUUUGAGUGGCAGCGAGAGCAAGCACAGCAGGGGCAGUAGUGUAAGCAGGGGGAGCAGUGUAAGCAAGGGGAGCAGUGUCAGCAAGAAAAGCAAGGGGAAGAGCAGGGAGAGCAGUGUUAGCAAGGAAAGCAGGAGGAGCAGUGUCAGCAGCCCUAGGUCGGAUGGGGACAGCUAUGACGGUGGUUCGGGGAGUGGUGCGAGUGAUAGGGAGGAAGAGAGGAUGAGUGGGGAAAUGGAGGAGAGUGGGGUAGUGGAGGAGAGUUGGGUAGUGGAGGAGAGUGGAGUAGUGGAGAGUGGGGUAAUGGAGAGUGGAGUAGUGGAAAGUGGUGCAAUGGAGAGCUGGAGUGGUGUGGAGGGGUUAAGUGACGUGGAGCAAGGGAGCGAGGACCAAGAGGCUCAAGAAAACGGGAGUGAGGAGCGAGGGAUGGAAGGGCAGGAGAGUGAGAAACGAGAGGCUGGAGAGCAGGAGCGUGAGGAAGAUGGUGUGGAUGUGUGGAGCAGUGAGAGUGACGCAUGGCCUGAGGCAGAGGGAGAGGCAGAGGCAGAGGAGAAGGAAGAAGAAGGAAUAGCACCAGCACCCGAGACCGUGAGUGGCGAUGGUGCAAGGAGUGUUGUGGAGAGUGAUGGGGAGGAGGAUGGGACAAGCUGGGUUACCAGCAUCGUAUCCCCUCUGCAGCAGGUGACGAUGGCCUCUGAACACGUGGCGGAUCCUGAUUGGUCGGAGGAGCUGGCAGAGGAGCAGCAGGUGGUGCAGGUGCGGGAAGAAGAGGGUCAGGUGGAUGAUCAGGUGAAUGCUCAGGUAGUUGAGCAAACAGGUGAGCAGCAGCAGCAACAGGAUGAAGGGAAGGUAGCAGCAGCAGCAGCAGCAGCAGCAGGCAGAGCGAUGGCUGCGAAUGUGGCGGGGGUGGGCAAUGAUGGGAUGGGUACUUCAGCAGCAGGCGACGAUGGGGCAAUGAGGCAGAUUGGCGAGGAUGCGUAUGUUUAUGACAUGGGUGAUGGCGUGGGAGCAUGUGAGGAGCUGGAUUGGAGCAGAGAUGUGGGUGAUGGGGGGGUGGGAGUACAGGGGUGGUCAAGUGAGUGGACUAGGGAGAGUGAGGUGUGGGAUGUGGGUGGAACGAGGGAUGGGGGCGAGGUGCUGGGGGCGAGUGGUGUGAGAGCAGGCGGUCCUUUUGCCAGUGUUGCUGCCAGUGUUGCUGUCAAGUUGGACGGGCGGAGUGAGGAGGGGAGAGAGGAGAUAAGGGAGGAGAAAGAGGUGAUGGUGGAGGAGAGAGAGGAGAUAGUGGAUGAGAGGGAGGAGAUAGUGGAUGAGAGAGAGGAGAGAGGGGGCGAGAGAGAGGGGAGCAAAGAGAGAGAGGAGGAGAAGGGGCUGAGAGAGGAGAGAGAAGACGAGGAAGAAAAGGGAGCAAAGGACAAGGAGGAGGAGGAUGUGGAGAGGGAGGCGGAGGUAGAGAGGGAGGAGGAGGAGGUUGAGAGCGAGGAGGUAGAGAGGGAGGACGAGGAGGUGGAGAGAGAGGAGGAGGAGGUUGAGAGCGAGGAGGAGGACGUGGUGGAGCAAGAGAGAGAUGAGGAGAGGGAGGAGGAGGAGGAGGUAGAGAGCGAGGAGGAGGAGGAGGAAGGGGGAGAGGGAGAGGAGGAGGGGGAGGACGAGUGGAGUGACAUGAGCGAGGAGGAGUGGAGCAGCAUGGAGCUAGCAGCCACCCAGUCCCCCUUCCCCGCCGCCUCCCCUCUCCCCUCUGCCAGCCCCUAUGCCGCUCUCUCUCCGUUGCCCUCCGCCACUCCAACGAGUGCAGGCGUAGGUGUGCCUCUGGAUAGUGCAGCUGUCAGUCUAGCACUGCAGCAACAGCAGGAGAUGCAGCAGCAGCAGCAGGAGCAGGAGGGGCGGGAGGCGCAGGAGAAGCAAGGAGAGGAGGAGAUGAAAGGGGGACAGGAGGGGCAGGAUGCGGAGAAAAGAUCUGAGGUGGAUUCCGGGGAGGAAGAGACGGAGGGGCAGGAGGUUGAGGAGAACGUAAGGGAUGAGGGGCGUGAGGGGCUUGAAGGGAAGGGAGAGCGUGAAGGGUUUCAACGGCCGCACAGCCCAUUCUCGUUUGCCUCUGGCAGCGAGUCUUUGGCACUGCCGCUCGCCAGCCCUGCUGCGCUGCCUCACGAUCGAACCACUGGAGGCGUUGGGUCAUGGGCAGAAGAGGAAGAGGUUCCGAGGUACCAGAAGAGCCCCCUCAUUCUCGGAGGCUCUUUUGGUACCUCUCCCGCUUCUCAACACACUCCUGCUCUCACCGCUUCUCAACACACUCCUGCUCUCACCGCUUCUCAACACACUCCUGCUCUCACCGCUUCUCAACACACUCCUGCUCUCACCGCUUCUCAACACACUCCUGCUCUCACCGCUUCUCAACACACUCCUGCUCUCACCGCUUCUCAACACACUCCUGCUCUCACCGCUUCUCAACACACUCCUGCUCUCACCGCUUCUCAACACACUCCUGCUCUCACCGCUUCUCAACACACUCCUGCUCUCACCGCUUCUCAACACACUCCUGCUCUCACCGCUUCUGCUGCUGUGCCACACUCCGUUGCUGCUGCUGCCAUCCCUGCUGACGUGGCACGUGCUGGGCCGGAGGCUGCAAGUCCAUCUGAGAGGCCGGUUUUGGAGUUACGGUCGGUUCCCGCUAGCAGCUCACCUGACAGGGCACCUGACACAGCACCUGAUAGAGCACCCAAUUCGGCACCUGCUGCGGCACCUGUUGCGGCACCUGCUGCGGCACCUGAUAUGGCACCUGACAUGGCACCUGAUACAGCACCUGAUUUGGCAUCUGUUACAGCACCUGACACAGCAGCUGAUGUGGAACCUGAUGUUGCACCUGAUGCAGCACCUGAUGUGGAACCUGAUAUGGUACCUGGGAAAAGCCCUGCCUCUGUUGAGGUGCUUCCUUCAGGUGCUGUCUCUGUCGUGUUGCCGUCAGGUGCUGUUUCCGUUGUGCUACCUUCAGGUGCCGUGUCUGUCAUGUUGCCGUCAGGUUCUGUCACUGUUGCACUUCCUUCAGGUGCUGUCUCUGUUGGUUCAGGUGCCAGCCCUGAUUCGCCUGAGACUGCGGAGAGAAGAAUGGAUCAAAGUGAGUGGCAAGAUUUGAGGGGGAUAGAGAUGGAGGAGGGGAGAGAUGGAAGCGGGAGGAGUGAGAGUGAUGGGGAGAGGAGCGAUGGGAAGGAAGGAAAAGAGAGUGAGGGAGAGAGUGAGAAAUGGGAGGAGUCAGAAGAGUGGAGUGAUGCAGGUGAUGCGGUAAACAGCGAUGCUGGCGAUGCGGUAACCAGUGAAGCUGGUGAUGUGGUAACCAGUGAAGCUGGUGAUGUGGUAACCAGUGAAGCUGGUGAUGUGGUAAUCAGUGAUGCUGGUGAUGCGGUAUCCAGUAAUGCUGGCGAUGUGGUAACCAGCGAUGCUGUGGAUGUGGUAACCAGUGAAGCUGGUGAUGUGGUAACCAGUGACGCUGGUGAUGUGGUAACCAGUGAAGCUGGUGAUGUGGUAAUCAGUGAUGCUGGUGAUGCGGUAUCCAGUAAUGCUGGCGAUGUGGUAACCAGCGAUGCUGGUGAUGUGGUAACCAGUGAUGCUGGUGAUGUGGUAACCAGUGAUGCUGGCGAUGUGGUAACCAGUGAUGCUGGUGAUGUGGUAACCAGUGAUGCUGGCGAUGUGGUAACCAGUGAUGCUGGUGAUGUGGUAACCAGUGAUGCUGGCGAUGUGGUAACCAGUGAUGCUGGUGAUGUGGUAACCAGUGAUGCUGGCGAUGUGGUAACCAGUGAUGCUGGUGAUGUGGUAACCAGUGAUGCUGGUGAUGUGGUAACCAGUGAUGCUGGCGAUGCAAGAGCAGAAGAAGUGGAAUCGAUGGCCCUUGGCGAUUCAGGUGGCCGAACUCAAGAGCAAGGCACGGUAGCAGAGGAAGAGGAUGCAAUGGCCUUGGAAAAUGCAGACGGCAGAAUGCAAGAGCAAGGCUCGGUAGCAAGUGCAAUCAAUGCAGAGGAAAUGGAAUCAAUGGAGCCUCCGGUAACGCUCAUGGCCCAGAGGACGUUGCCUGCAGUCUCUACUCCGGCUGUGGGAGGAGUGGUGGUAGCACAGGCUGAUGAGCUGGCGACAGUCGCUGUACUGGCUGUGGCAGGCGUGUCAGAAGCACAGGCGAGGUUUGAGUCGAAUCAAGUGUUGGCUGUGGGAGGUGUGGUGGUAGCAGCACAGGCGGAUGGGCUGGUGGCAGGAAGUGACUGGGAGAGCGAGGAGUGGAGUGAUGUGGGGUCCGGUGUGGGUGAGUGGGAGGAGGAUGAUGUGGGGUCUGGAGGUGUAGAGGGAGAGAGUGAGGGAGGGAGUGAGGGGGUUGGCGAGGUGGAUGGAGAGAGUGAGGGUAAGGUGGAGGACAGAGAGAAUCGGGAGGGUGAAGGUAGUGAGGGAGAGGAGAUUGGGACGGUGGGGGAGGAGGUUGGAAUGGGGAGAGAGGAGGACGAAGAUGGAAAGAAUGAGGAGGCUGGAAGAGUGGGGGAGGAGGAGGGAGAGGAUAAGGAGAGAGAGGGAAAAGAGGGUCUGCAAGGAAGCAGCACAGCAGCAGCAGGAAACAUGGAAGGGGAGGUGAAUCUGCCAGUUGGUGAGAGUGAGGAGCAUGUGGGCAGGGAAGAGGGGCAGGAGGAGGAGAAAGAGGAGCAGGAGGAGAAGAAAGAGUGGGGGGAGAGGGAGGAGGAGAAGGAGGAGGAGAAGGAGGAGAGGGAGGACGAGUGGGAGGAGAGGGAGGCGGAGGUGAGAUCGGAGGAGGAGAGGGAAGAGGAUGGGGAGAGGGAGCAGCAGGGACGUGAGGAAGUGGAGAAUUUGCACAGAGAGGAACUGACCGAGGGUGUAGCUGAAGGAGGGAGGGUGGAGGAGGAAGAGGACAGGAUGGUGAGAGUUGAUGCGGGAGUGGAUGAGGGAGUGGUGGAGGGAGAAAAGGAGGGAGUGGUGGUUAAAGAAAAGGAGGGAGUGGUGGUUAAAGAAAAGGAGGGAGUGGUGGUUGGAGAAAAGGAGGGAGUGGUGGUUAAAGAAAAGGAGGGAGUGGUGGAGGGAGAAAAGGAGGGAGUGGUGGUUAAAGAAAAGGAGGGAGUGGUGGAGGGAGAAAAGGAGGGAGUGGUGGUUAAAGAAAAGGAGGGAGUGGUGGAGGGAGAAAAGGAGGGAGUGGUGGAGGGAGAAAAGGAGGGAGUGGUGGUUAAAGAAAAGGAGGGAGUGGUGGUUAAAGAAAAGGAGGGAGUGGUGGUUGGAGAAAAGGAGGGAGUGGUGGUUAAAGAAAAGGAGGGAGUGGUGGAGGGAGAAAAGGAGGGAGUGGUGGUUAAAGAAAAGGAGGGAGUGGUGGAGGGAGAAAAGGAGGGAGUGGUGGAGGGAGAAAAGGAGGGAGUGGUGGAGGGAGAAAAGGAGGGAGUGGUGGUUAAAGAAAAGGAGGGAGUGGUGGUUAAAGAAAAGGAGGGAGUGGUGGAGGGAGAAAAGGAGGGAGUGGUGGUUAAAGAAAAGGAGGGAGUGGUGGAGGGCGAGACCAGAGAUGCACAUGCAGAAGGGAGUGAAGUGGACGAUGGGAGUGAGAGUGGGAGUGAAAGCAUGAGUGAUAGGGAGAGUGGUAGCAUGAGUGAGAGAGAGAGUGAAAGUGAAGGUGAGAAGGAGAGUAAGAACAUGAGUGAGAGGGAGAGUGAAAGUGAAGGUGAGAGGGGGAGUAAGAGCAUGAGUGAGAGGGAGAGUGAAGGUGAAAGGGACAGUGAGAGUGAUAGUAUGAGUGAGAGUGGAAGUGAGAGGGGGACUGAGAGUGAGAGUGCAAGUGAGAAGGGGGCUGAGAGUGAGAGUGAAAGUGAGAAAGGGUCUGAGAGUGAGAGUGCAAGUGAGAGGGGGGCUGAGAGUGAGAGUGAAAGUGAGAAGGGGUCUGAGAUUGAGAGUGCAAGUGGGUUGGGGGCUGAGAGUGAGAAAGGGGCUGAGAGUGAGAAAGGGGCUGAGAGUGAGAAAGGGGCUGAGAGUGAGAAUGAAAGUGGUAAGGGGUCUGAGAGUGAGAGUGCGAGUGAAAGGGGGGCUGACAGCGAGAGUGAAAGUGAGAAAAGUUCUGAGAGUGAGAAUAAGAGUCCAAGGAGGGCUGAGGUUAAGACAGGGGCUGAGGGCGAGAGCAGGAAAGAGCCGAGUGCAGCCGAGGAGACGCCUCAGGGUAUUUUUGAGAAUUCUCAAGAAGAGGCGAGUAAAGCCACGGAGAUGCCUCAGCGGGACGAAAUCACAGAAGGUGCAGCAGCAGAGGUCAGUGGCAGUGGCGUUGCAGCAGAUGCAUCUUCUGAGUCAAAGGAAAUCACAGAAGGUGCAGCAGCAGGCAGGGCAGAGCCAGAGGCCACGAUGGCAAGCACUGCAACACCAGACGAGCCUCCCGUCUCCACCGCCCAUCUUGUUGUUCUGCAUCCCCUCACUCUUUCCCCCACCUCAACCGUCUCACCCAAUGCCCCCAGCUCAGCCGUCCCGUCUGUCUCAGCUUCAGCCGUCCCCUCUGCCCCUAGUGCUUCCACUGCCCCUAGCGUUUCCUCUGUUCCCUCUGUUUCCUCCCGCCCUGCUAAUUCUUGGAUCCGCCCAGCACAGCCUUCUUCCCACUCCGACUCAGGCUCGGACUCUGACUGGUCCGACUCCGAACCUGCGCCCAAGCCUGUGCCCAUCCGAGCCUGGAGGGCAGGCAUGGCGAGCGCAGCACUGGCUCCUGCGCCUGCCGCCUCUCCUCCCCCACAAACUGCAGCGGUGGGGCGACUGCAGAGUGACUUCCUCAACCGCUUCCAGCAGCAGCAGCCGGAGGAGCAGCAACAGCAGCAGGCCUCUGAGGCUCCCCUCACACCUCCACAGCAGCAACAGCAGGCAUCUUUGAAUUCCGCUGCAGUUGUGGACUCUUCUGCUGACGUGGCGCAGGCUGCUGAUGUGGCGCAAGUUGCUGAUGUGGUGCAACCUGUGGACAUGAAGCACGCAGCUGAGGUCAAAGCAGGUGACAAGUCAGAAUUACCUGCUGGUGGUGAUGAUGCGAUUGCUGAUAAGGAACAGUCUGCACAUGUGGUAUCAGCUGCUGACGUGGCACCCCCUGCUGAUGUGGACGUGGAGGGCGAUUCCAGACCAUCUUCUCCAGAGGGGUCAGCCACCAGCAUCAAAGAUGCUGCUGAUGUGGCAGCUGAGGUGGAUGCUGAUGUGGCAGCUGAGGUGGCUCUGGAUGCAGCUGGAGGUGCUAGUUUGCUGCUGGCAAGUGAGUUGGUUGCACCUGUGCUGCAGACGAGAGGAGAGGCCGAGGAGGUGGAAGCAGAACAGGAGAAAGCAGAUGUAUUUUCGGGACCAGAUUCUGAACCUGACUCUGAUUCUGACGUGGCUGCUGAUGUGUCUGUUGACAUGGCUGCUGAUGUGUCUGUUGACAUGGCUGCUGAUGUGCCUGUUGACAUGGCUGCUGAUGUGUCUGUUGACAUGGCUGCUGAUGUGUCUGUUGACAUGGCUGCCGAUGUGUCUGUUGACAUGGCUGCUGAUGUGUCUGUUGGCGUGGCGGCUGAUGUGGCUGCUGACAUGGCUCUGCGAGUGCCUGGAGGUGAAACUGCAGUGGUGCCAUCUCCAUCACGAUCAGACUCCGAGUCUGACUCUUCUUUCGGAACUGAUGUGGCUGCUGACGUGGCCGCUGAUGUGGCUGCUGACGUGUCGUCUGAUGUGGCACCGUGUGCGGCUGGAGGUGAGACUGCAGCACUGCCAUCCCCAUCAGGACCAGACUCUGAGGUUGACUCUGCACCAGAAGCUGAUGUGGCUGCUGACGUGGCUCUGCAUGCGUCUGACUGUGAAGCUUCAGCUCUGCCAUCGCCACCAGGAUCAAACUCUGACGUUGACUCUGCACCGGAACAAGAGAGGGUGGAGGAAGAGACAAGGAGUGAGGAUGCUGAGAGGGAGGAGGAAGAGGCAAGGAGUGUGGAGGCUGAGAGGGAGGAAGAAGAGACAAGGAGUGUGGAAGCAGAGUGGGAGGAGGAAGAGACAAGGAGUGAGGAAGCAGAGAGGGAGGAGGAAGAGACAAGGAGUGAGGAUGUAGAGAAAGAGGAGGAAGAGAGGGGGAGUGAGAAAGCAGAGAGUGCGGAGGAAGAUGGGGGUAGUGAUGAUAAAGCAAGGCUGCAGGACGUUGAAGUAGAGGCUGUAGCGAUGGGUGGGGCGGCAGUUGUGGCUGUCGCGGUGCUUGCAGGGGUGGAUGGGGCGGCAGCGGACGAGGAGGGUGAGGGGAUGCUGGGAGCAGUGGAGGGCAGGGAGCCGUUGGGGGCGGAGGAGGGAGAGGAGAGUGAGGAGGGUAAGGAGAGUGAAGAAGCUGGGGAGAGUGAGGAGAGUGAGGAAGCUAAAGAGGUGAAGGAGGCUAAGGAGGAGCAUGAGGAGGCCGAGUCACAUUCUGAUGAUGCUGAGUCACGCUCUUAUGAUGCUGAGUCACAUUCGGAUGCUGAGUCACGCUCUGAUGCUGAGUCACGUUCUGAUGCUGAAUCACAUUCUGAUGCUGAGUCACGUUCUGAUGCUGAGUCACGUUCUGAUGCUGAAUCACAUUCUGAUGCUGAGUCACGUUCUGAUGCUGAGUCACGUUCUGAUGCUGAAUCACAUUCUGAUGCUGAGUCACGUUCUGAUGCUGAGUCACGUUCUGAUGCUGAGUCACAUUCUGAUGCUGAGUCACGUUCUGAUGCUGAAUCACAUUCUGAUGCUGAGUCACGUUCUGAUGCUGAGUCACGUUCUGAUGCUGAGUCACGUUCUGAUGUUGAGUCACGUUCUGAUGCUGAGUCAUGUUCUGAUGCUGAAUCACAUUCUGAUGCUGAUUCGCAUGCUGAGUCACUUUCGGACGCAGCUUCUGCAGUAACUGUACCUCAUUCUCCUGCGGCACCUCAUUUGCCAGCUGGGGAUGAAGCAGCUGCUCCUCUCAGUGCUACCUCCUCUCCUGUCUCUGCCACUCCCACCCAAGUGGACUCACCUGCUGUGCCUGAAACUGCUGCUGCAGCGCCUGAUUUGCCUGCUCUGCUUGAUUCACCUGCUGCACCUGAUUCACCUGCUGCACCUGAUUCACCUGCCGCACCUGAUUCACCUGCCGCACCUGAUUCACCUGCCGCACCUGAUUCACCUGCCGCACCUGAUUCACCUGCCACACUUGAUUCCCCUGCCGCACCUGAUUCACCUGCCGCACCUGAUUCACCUGCCGCACCUGAUUCACCUGCCGCACCUGAUUCACCUGCCGCACCUGAUUCGCCUGCUGCACCUGAAUCACCUGUUGCACCUGAUUCACCUGUUGCACCUGAUUCACCUGUUGCACCUGAUUCACCUGUUGCACCUAAUUCACCUGUUGCUCCUGAUUCAUCUGUUGCACCUGAUUCACCUGCCGCACCUGAUUCACCUGCCGCACCUGAUUCCCCUGCCUUACCUGAUUCCCCUGCUGCACCUGACUCAUCUGCAGCGUUUGAAACACCUGCCGCACCUGAUUCACCUGCAGCAUCUGAAACACCUGCUCCACCUGAUUCGCCUGCCACACUUGAUUCCCCUGCCGCACCUGAUUCCCCUGCCGCACCUGAUUCCCCUGCCGCACCUGAUUCACCUGCCGCACCUGAUUCACCUGCCGCACCUGAUUCCCCUGCCGCACCUGAUUCCCCUGCCAGAGCUGAACUAGCUGCUUCUUUCGGCUCUGCCUCCCCUCCUGCCUCUGAUACCCAGUCGGUGGCUCAAGUUGAGAGCAAAGAGGAGGAGGAGGAGAGGGGAGUGGCACCUGCUAUUGCUAUAUCUUAUUCACCUGACUCACCUGCCGCACCUGAUUCAGCUGCUGCUUUUGAAACACCUGUCACACCUUCCAGGGUUGAACCAGCUGCUUCUUUGAGCCAUGCCUCCUCUCUGGCCUCUGCCACCCAGUUGGUGGCUCAGCUUGAGAGCGAGGAGGAGAGGCAAGAGGAGGAAAUGGCGUGGAAAGAGGAGGAAGGGGAAAAGGAGGCGGAGGAAAGUGAGUGGGGGGAGGAGGAAAGUGAAAGGGCGGAGGAGGAAGAGGAGUUGGAAGAGGAGGAAGGUAAGCGGGAAGAGGAAGGAGAGGAGAGAGGAGACGAGGCAAGAGGAGAGGUGGAGAGUGGAGGGGAAGAAGCAGAGACGGUGGAGGAAGAGGAGAGGGGAGAGGAGACGGAAGAUGGGAAAAAGGAGAAGGCGGAAGAGGAGGAGAGCAGAGUGGAGGUGGGAGAGGAGGCGAAGGAGAAGCAGGAAGAUGUGUUAGUGGCAGAGGAAGGAUUGGGAGAAGAUGGAGACUUUGAGAGAGAGAGCAUGAAUGGAGAGGGUGAGGAGGGAGAGAGUGUGGAGGGAGAGAGUGUCGUGGGAGAGAGUGUGGAGGGAGAGAGUGUCGCGGGAGAGAGUGUGGAGGGAGAGAGUGUCGCGGGAGAGAGUGUGGAGGGAGAGAGUGUCGCGGGAGAGAGUGUAGCGGGAGAGAGCGCAGAGGGGGAGGAUAAUGUGGCAGUGCCGGCAGUUGAUGCAACUCAACAUCCCACCACAGCCAUAACCGUCAAGCCACGUGCCUCAGAUUCAUGGAUGAAAAAGCAGCAGACCCACUCCUCCGAUUCAGGCUCGGACUCUGACUGGUCCGACUCCGAACCUGCGCCGAAGCCUGUGCCCAUCCGAGCCUGGAGGCCAGGUGCGGGGAGUGGUGUAGCGUCAGUGGCGGCUGCGCCUGCCGCGUCUCCUGCUGCCCAGCCAGCAGUGGUGGGGCGACUGCGAAGUGACUUCCUCAACCGCUUCCAGCAGCAGCAGCAGCAGCAGCAGCAGCAGCAGCAGAUGGAGGGAGAAGGGAAGAGAGAGGGAGAGGAUGCGACAAUACUGGAGGUGAAGGACGAGGGUGUGUCAACAGCGGAAGAUCAUGAGGGAGAGGAAGUGAUAGUGACAGAGAGUGAGGAGGACAGAGCGGUUAAGAAAGGAGAUUCAACAAUAAUGGAGGUGAUGGAAGUGGGUAUGUCAGCGGAAGAUCAUGAGGGAGAGGAAGUGAUAGUGACAGAUGGUGAGGAGGAGAGAGCGGUCAAGGAAGAGGGAGUGGAAGCGAGAGAGGGAGAGGGAGUGGAAGCAACAGAGGAAGAGGGAGAGGAAGUGGGUGCGAUCGAGGGUGUGGGGGGUAAGGAAGCAAGGAUGGACGAGGAAGAGAGGGUAGAAGAGGGUAAGGAAGAGAGAGUGGAAGAGGGUAGGGUCGAGAGGGUGGAAGAGGGUAGGGACGAGAGAUUGGAAGAGGAUAAGGAAGAGAGAGUGGAAGAGGGUAAGGAAGAGAGAGUGGAAGAGGGUAAGGAAGAGAGAGUGGAAGAGGGUAAGGAAGAGAGAGUGGAAGAGGAUAAGGAAGAGAGAGUGGAAGAGGGUAGGGACGAGAGAGUGGAAGAGGAUAAGGAAGAGAGAGUGGAAGAGGGUAAGGAGAGAGAGUGGAAGAGGGAAGAGAGAGUGGAAGAGGGUAAGGAAGAGAGAGUGGAAGAGGGUAAGGAAGAGAGAGUGGAAGAAGGUAAGGAAGAGAGAGUGGAAGAGGGUAAGGAAGAGAGAGUGGAAGAGGGUAAGGAAGAGAGAGUGGAAGAGGGUAAGGAAGAGAGAGUGGAAGAGGGUAAGGAAGAGAGAGUGGAAGAGGGUAAGGAGAGAGUGGAAGAGGGUAAGGAAGAGAGAGUGGAAGAGGAAGAGAAAGUGGAAGAGGGUAAGGAGGAGAGUACAGAAGAGGCUGGGUAUGAGCGAGUGGAAGAGGAUAGUGAGGUAGUGGCAGCGAGUAAGGAGGAGAGGAUGGACGAGGAAGAGAGAGUGGAAGAGGGUAAGGAGGAGAGGAUGGAAGAGAUGCAGGAAGAGGCUAAGGAAGAAAGAGAGGAAGAGGGUAACGAAGAGACCAAGGAAGAGGGUAAGGAAGAGAUGAAGGAAGAAAGAGAGGAAGGUGGUAAUGAAGAGACUAAGGAAGACAGUAAGGAAGAGAUGAAGGAAGGAGAGGAAGAGGCUAAGGAGGAAAUCAAGGGAGAUGGUAUCUUGGUUGUCUCUUCUCCACCCCCACUCGCCUCCCCCCAGCCUCCCACCCUCCUCGCUUCACCUCAAAUUCCCCCACCUCCCGUUACCAUCAAGCCCCGCGCUGCUGACUCAUGGAUGAGGCGACCCAAUCAGGCUGACUCUGACUCAGCCUCGGACUCUGACUGGUCCGACUCCGAACCUGCGCCCAAGCCUGUGCCCAUCCGAGCCUGGAGAGCAGGUGCGGCGAGUGGUGUGGCGGCAGUAGCACCUGCGCCUGCCGCCUCUCCUCCCCCACAAACUGGCCCCGUGGGACGACUGCGGAGUGACUUCCUCAACCGCUUCCAGCAGCAGCACCAGCAGCAGGAGCAGGAGCAGCAGCAGCAGGAGCAACCCUCGGUGCCACCCAUUAGAGAGGGAGAGGGGGCAGAGACGGUGCAAGAGGAAGAGGUGCAGUCAGGUGAAUUUUCAGGUGGAGAGGUGUUACAAGGCUACCUGGUUCCGGCUGACGUGGCAUCAGACCCAUCCACUCCUGUGCCAGCUGACGUGGCAUCAGGCCCAUCCACUCCUGUGCCAGCUGACGUGGCAUCAGGUCCAUCUACUUCUGUACCAGCUGAUAUGGCAGCAGAUGCACCGUCAUUACCUGAACCAUCUGUUGAUCCAACAAUCGUCUCCUCCUCUCAGCCACUUUCCUCCCCUCAGCCUUCUACUCCUCCUCACCGCACAGCACCUGCCGUUACCAUCAAGCCUUGCGCUGCAGACUCAUGGAUGAAGCGACCCAAUCAGGACUCUGACUCAGGCUCGGACUCUGAUUGGUCCGAUUCCGAACCUGCGCCCAAGCCCGUGCCCAUCCGAGCCUGGAGGCCAGGCAUGGCAAGCGCAGCGGCAGCAGCACCGACCCCUGCAUCUGCCGCCUCUCCUACUGCAGCAGCACCGGCUCCUACCCAAACUGCAGCAGUGGGGCGACUGCGGAGUGACUUCCUCAACCGCUUCCAGCAGCAGCCUGAGCAACUCCCUGUGCCUCCUUUCAGAUCUUCACAGCAGCAGCAUCAGCAGCUGUUGGCCGUGUCUCCUGCUAUGGCUGCUGCGGCCUUAGCUGCCACAGCACCUGCUGUCUCGGUGCCCGUGGAACAGGGAGAGGUAGAACAGGGAGAGGGCGUCAUUAGCAAGGUAGAGGAGGAGGGGGGUGAGUUUGAAGGCAGAGUAGAGGGUGGGGGGAGCAUGAGAGCAGAGGGUGUGGAAUCUGCGGCUGCUGAAGGUCCGCUGGCUGAUGCUGUGGGGGAGUUCUCUGCUGAGGUGGCAUCAGAAACUCCUGCUGACGUGGCAGUGGAAGCAACGGCUGAUGUGGCCACGGAAGCACCUGCUGAUGUGGCAGCGGAAGCACCUGUUGACAUGGCAGCGGAAGCACCUGCUGACGUGACAGCGGAAGCGGCUGCUGACGUGGCAUCGGGUGCGGCUGCUGACGUGGCAUCGGGAGCGGCUGCUGAAGUGGCAUCGAAAGCACUUGCUGAGGUGGAGGAGCAGGAGAAUGAGGCAUGGGAGGAAGAGAAGGGGGAAGAGGGUGGAGAAGGAGGAGAGGAGGAAAACGAGGAGGAUGAAAAAGAAGAGGAAGAAACGAAAGAAACAAAGGAGGAAGAAUUGGAGAAUGAGGAGGCGGAGGUAGAGGAGGAGGGUGCAGAAGGUGGGGAGGCUGCGGAGGGGGAGGAGGGUGCAGGGGAAGAGGAGGAAGGAGGGAGUGAGGCAGGAGAGGAAUCCACUGAGGAGGUGACUGUAGAAGUGACAGAGGAAUAUGAGGAGGUGACUGUAGAGGAAACGGAGGAGUAUGAAGAAGUGACAGUCGAAGUGACAGAGGAAUAUGAGGAAGUGACUGUAGAAGUGGAAGAAACGGGAGAAUAUGAGGAGGUGACUGUAGAAGUGGAAGAAACGGGAGAAUACGAGGAGGUGACUGUAGAAGAAACGGCGGAAUACGAGGAGGUAACUGUAGAGGUAACAGAAGAAUACACUGAAGAGGAAGUUACUGUAGAAGUUACAGAGGAGUAUACAGAAGAGGAGGUUACUGUAGAGGUUACAGAGGAAGUCACAGACGAGGAUAAAUCAGAGGAGGUGGCAGAGGAGGGAGCAGGUGCAGCAGGUGGAAAAGAAGGAGAAAGCGCAGAGGGACAAGAUUCGGAAGGGGAGCAACAGGAGGAAGAGCAGGAGGAGGAACAGGAGGAGGAGCAGGAGGAGGAGUAUGAAGAGUAUGAGGAGCAGGAAGAGGAAGAAGAGGAAGAGGAGGAGGAAGAGGAGGAGGAGGAGGCAAGUGAAAAAGAGAGCACAAACAGCAGCCCGAGGAGCAAGCCAGAGGAGAAGGAAGAGGAGGAGGACGAGGAAGCGAGGAUAAAGCGGCAGGAGCAGGAGGAGAGGAACGCGGAGGAGCAGCGGGCGCUGCGGCUGCGUGUGGCGAGCAUGAAGCGGUUCAAUGCGGUGCUGGGGGAGCUCAGAUUCCGCCAGAGCAUCCGCGAGGAGGGGGAGGGGGAGGGCGGCACAGGGGGAGGCGGAGGGGGAGGAGCAGGGGCGGGUGAGGGGAGCGGGACGGGCGCGUCUGGGACAGGAGGUGGAGGUGUUGUGGGGCAAGCGGGGGGAGCAGCAGCAGGAGUGGCUCCUAUUGCGCUUCCGGCCAUGGCAGGUGCUGCUGGUCGCCAGCAGCCCAAUCCUCACAGUCCGGGCAAGCGAUCGCGGAUGCUCUCUCUGGUGGCGUCACAGGGCCUGCACGUGCCGGCCAGUGCAGUGACUCGGGAGAUCAUGGGGCUCACAGGGGGGAGUGCUGGGCUGGGGAGUCGGAGCAUGGUGGUUCGGGACAGCAUGGGGCGUGCGGGAGGGGGUGGUGCUAACCUGGGAAUGAGUCGGAGUAUGGUGAAAGAGAGAAAGCGGCCUUCGCUGCUGGAUAGUAGUGGUAGCGAGGAGGAGGAAGAGGAGGAGGAGGAAGAGGAGGAAGAGGAGGAAGAGGAGGUGGAGGAGGAGGAGGAAGAGGAUGAUAAUGAUGAGGAGGGUGAGGGUGGAGCAGAGGAAGGGGAGGGAGAAGAGGAGGAAGAGAAAGAAGAGGAGGGGAAGGAAGAAGAUUUUGGAGAGGCAGAGGAGGAGGAGGGGGAAGAGGGGGGAGGCGAGGAAGGGGAGGAUACACAGGAGGAGGAAGAUGGAAUGGAGCAAAAAGGUAACGAAGAGAAUGAGGAGGAGGAGGAGGAGGAGGAGGAGGAGGAGGAGGAGGAGGAGGAGGAGGAGGAGGAGGAGGAGGAGGAGGAGGAGGAGGAGGAGGAGGAGGAGGAGGAGGAGGAGGAGGAGGAGGAGGAGAACUUAGAGCACAAGGCAGGACACGCAGAUAUGGAGGUUGGGGGCGAGAACUCUUGGAAUGUUGAGGAGGCUGAGAAGUAUCUACAUGAAGAGGGUCCAGCUGAGGAGGACGAUGAGAACAAUGGAGACGAGGGCAUAGAGCAGUACCCAGCGGAAGAAGCAGGGUACACGGAUAUGGCAGCUGGGGGUGAAGACUCUUCUAGUAUUGAGGCUGAGGAUAGUCCAGCUGAACAGGCCAAUGAGAAGAGUGCAGAGGAGGAGGUAGAGCAGGAACCAGAGGACGAUGCAGGGCACAUGGAUACGGAGGCUGGAGGGGAAGAGUCGUGGAAUAUGGAGGCUGAGGAGGGUCCAGCUGAGAAGGGUUCAACCGAGGAGGAAGAGGAGAAUGAGUUAGAGCACGAGACAGGGCACACGGAUAUGCAGGCUGGAGGUGAAGAGUUUUGGAGUAUGGAGGCUGAGGAUGCUCCCGCUGAGGAGAGCCCAGCUGAGGCAGGAGGAGGAGCGGAUGAGGAAGCAGGCAGUGAUUCUGCCAGAGACCCCCUGUUGAAUGUGUCUGAGGGUGAGGGGCGUGUGAAGGCCCUUGCUGCUGCUAUGCUGUCGCCUACUGCUGCUGCUGCUGCUGCUGCUGCUGCUGCUGCUGCUGCUGCUAGUACCACCAUUGCAUCCCCUAAAGAGGGAGUGGCGUUAGGUGUUGCUGGGGGGCGUGUGAAGGCUCUUGCUGCUGUGGUGGCGUCUGCUGCUUCUGCUGAUACCACCCCUGCACCCUCUAAAGAGCCAGCGGCUGUAGAUGUUGCUGGGGGAAGGGUGAAGGCCCUUGCUGCGGUGGUGGCGUCUGCCGCUGCUGAUACCACCAGUGCAACCCCUAAGGAGGCUGCGACUGUGGACGUUUCUGCUGGGAGGGUGAAAGCACUGGCUGCUGUGGUGGCUUCAUCUGCGUCUGCUGACGCAACCAGUGCCCCCUCUAAGGAACCGGCGACUCUGAAUGUUGCAGAGGGGCGUGUGAAGGCUCUUGCUGCUGUAGUGGCGUCUGCAACUCCUGACACCACAGCUGCAGCCCCGAAAGAGGCAGCAACUAUAAAUGUUCCUGGCGGGCAUGUGAAAGCUCUGGCUGCCGUGGUUGCAUCAACUGCUGCUCCUGCUGACGCCACCAGUCCAUCCCCCAAAGAGGCGGCGGCUGUAGAUAUCGCUGGCGGGCAUGUGAAAGCUCUGGCUGCUGUGGUGGCGUCUGUGGGUGCUGCUGGCGCCACCAGUGCACCCUCUAACGAGUCAGCGGGUCUAGAUGUUGCUGGGGGGCGUGUGAAGGCUCUUGCUGCUGUGGUGGCGUCUGCUGCUUCUGCUGAUACCACCCCUGCACCCUCUAAAGAGCCAGCGGCUGUAGAUGUUGCUGGGGGGCGUGUGAAGGCUCUUGCUGCCUUUGCGGCUGCUCCUGCUGCUGAUGAUACCACCAGUGCACCCUCUAAAGAGUCACCGGGUCUAGAUAUUGCUGGGGGGAGGGUGAAGGCGCUGGCUGCUGCGGUGGCAUCCACUGCUGCUGCUGACGCCACCAGUGCACCCCCUAAAGAGGUGGUGGUGACUGGAGACGUUGCUGAGGGAUGGGUGAAGGCUCUUGCUCCCUCUGUGGCUGCUCCUGCUGCUGCUGAUACCACCAUUGCACCCCUUGAAGAGGCAGCGGCUCUAGAUGUUGCAGAGGGGCGUGUGAAGGCUCUUGCUGCUGUGGUGGCUUCUGUGGCAGCUGCUGACUCUGUCAGUGCAACGCCUAAAGGUGUGGCGAAUCCUGAUUUUGCAGAGGGGCGUGUGAAGGCUCUUGCUGCUCGGGCUGCCUCUGCUGCUGCAAACAACAGUGCUGAAAGCACCGGCGGUGCUUCAAAGGACUUGGUCUCUCUGGAGGUUGGAGAGGGGCGGGUGAGAGAGCUCGCUGCUCUGGCUGCCUCUGCUGCUGCCAACAGCAGUGCAACCGCCAGUGCUGCUUCAAACGACCCCUCUCUGGAUGUUGCUGGGGGGAGAGUGAGAGAGCUCGCUGCUCUGGCUGCCUCUGCUGCUGCCAAUAACAGUGCUGAAACUGCUGACAGUGCUCCAAAGGACUCCUCUCUGGACGCUGGUGAGGGCCGUGUGAAGGCCCUGGCUGCUCUUGCUUCCACUGGUGCUACCUCUGGUGACAAUGUUAGUCAAGGCCAAUCUAAUAGCAAUGGUGAACCCACCACGCUGUACGGCAAUGACAAGAGCAUCCAGCAGCAGCAGCAGCAGCAGCAGCACUACCCUGCUCCCUCCCCACGCCUCAUCCACCGUCCCUACUCCCCGUCACCGCGCUCCAUCCCUCACUCCCCAUCCGCCCAUCUCCCCUGCUACACUCGCUGCCCCUCCACCCAUCUCGUGAGCCCCAUUCGCCCCCGAGGAAGCUUCAGCCCUAGUAGGUUCCGUGCAUUUGAUGCUGCAGCAGUGGCAGCAGCAGCCUUGGCAGGAGUUUCCCCUCAGCGCCGCCGCUCCCCUUCGCCGAACCUCCCACGUUAUUCCGCCUCUCCGGGGGCUUAUCCUAGCGGCUUUCCCAUCCGAACCUCGUCUGUGAGCCCGAGCCAGUCGCCCAUGGCCCGAGGCCUGCCUCCACGGUUGCCGCCGAGGUUCGGCAGCAGCGUGAGGUUCGGUGGGGAUGCGAGGGACCUGAGGUUUGGCGAGUUCCGUGAUUCGUCGAGAGAUUCGGAUUUCCGCGAGGGGGCGGGGAGGAGAGGUGCUGGCAUGGGGGAGGUAGGGGGAGGAGGAGCAGGAGGGGUUGGGGGUUUGGGGAAUGGCGGAGGGAGUGGGGGAUACAGCAAAUCUCGGUCGUUGGAUCGACAGAUAAGAGUGGGAUCACCAGGAGGGUUGGUGGGAGGUGCGGGGGAAGUGCUUAUAAUGAAGGGCAGUGGGGACAUAGAUGGAGAAGGGCACGAGGAGGAAAUGCUGGGGGAUGAUGCAGACAGCGAGGAGGAGAGAGAGGAGGAAGAUGAAGGGGAGGAUGAGGACGAUGCGGAGGAGGGAGAGGAGGAGCGAGAGGAGGAGGGUCCAGCGAGUGAGGGCAUGCAGACAGGAUGGCCAGCAGCUGCAACAGUGCCUUCAAGCGAGGCCAGCGGCAGUGGCGACAGCAACAGCGUUACUGCUACCAGCAAUGGUGGCAGCAGCAUGGGCAAGACAUGGAAGGACAUUCUGCUCUCUGUGAAAGCAGCGACUCAGCCCGGAGCAGCUGCUCCCGGUUCGAAUGCAGGGAGGCAAGAGGGUGCAGGCGCUGCUGCCCUGGCGGCUGUAGCGGCGGAGGUUGUAGCGGGAAUGCACGGAGGCAGGGAGGGAGGGGUGGGUGAUGUGGCUGGGGUGUUGGGGAAUGGAGCAUUGGUGUUUGGUGCAGUUGAUGUGGCGGGGGGGACGGCAGGGAAGUCGGUGGGGGCGAUUGGAGAAAUGCAUGGGGAGGCGUGCCGGCAGGAGGGAUGGAAGAGGGCGAGAAGCGUUGCAACUGGGGUAAUGGCGACUGGUGGGGUGAUGGCAGGUGGGCAGCAGCAUUCGAUAUACAGAGGGAUAGCAGAGGGAGAAGAGGAGGCAGGGAUGGAGAACGAAGAGGAGGCUAGGAGCAGGGACGGACCAGCUGUGGUAGAAGGGAAAGUUGUUGGGGGGGUUGGAGCAGAAAAAGAGGCAGCAGAGGCAGAGGUUGCAGCUGCAAGCAGCAACACGGGUGCAGAGGCGAGAGGGAGGGUGGAGGAGUGGGGGGAGCAGAGUCCCAUUAGGGAGCUGCUGGGGGCGUUGGAGUCUCCCACCAGAUGGGCUCACCUGUGUGCCAAGAUGGAGCAGCAGAGGCAGCUAUAUGAAGCCCUUGAUGACUCAAGAGCCACCCAGCUAUCGGAUCUGCCAGACGAGUUCAUCGUCCAGAUCCUCUCUCGACUCACCGACCCGCUCGACUGGGCGGCGUGUCUCGGCCUAUCCCGGCGCUUCGCCGCCCUCUCCUGCCUCGCGCUGCAAGCGCUCUACCUCCUUCCGAACCGCCUGCUCCCCAAGCCUCUGCUGGCUCGGUACCUAGCCUGUUACCCGAACCUGGCAUUGCUGUACCUGCCCUGGAAUAGUCUGGAGGUUGAAGGGGACGAUGUUUUCGAGAUGAUUGCUUCGUCCAGAUUGGAGCUGCAGGCUCUGCACAUUGAUGUCUUCCCUGGUUACAAUGAGCGCACCUCUGCAAGAACACCAGCAGGCCUCACCACCCUCUUCACCUCCCUCCCCUCCCUCCGCUCUCUCUCGCUCUGCACCGGCCGAUUCAUACGCUCCCUCCCGGCCUCCAUCGCCCGCCUCUCGCUCUUAGAGGAGCUGCUUAUAACGAAUCAGUCUUCGAAGCUCGGUUUGCGUUCUCUUCCACCUGCCCUCGGUCAGCUUUCGAAUCUUCGCCGCCUCGUGCUGGACUCCUGCUUGCAGCUCCCUACACUGCCUGAGGAAAUUGGGCAGCUGACUGGAUUGGAGGAGCUGGAGCUGCUGAGUCUGGAUUGUCUACGCCAGCUGCCCGAAACUAUCGGGCAGCUUAAGCGCCUGAAGUGGUUCAAGAUGUGCUGGUGCAUGUCAGUUCGCAGCCUGCCCGAGAGCAUCGGGCAGCUGAAAGAAUUGGAGGAGAUGGUGAUCAACAUGGCAUCAAGUGAAACUUGGCUGGGCAGCCUAAAAGAGCUUCCUCAAUCUUUCGGUCAGCUCUGCUCCCUGCGGUUCCUGAAGAUUGUCGGCUGCCCGUUGAUGCUGGAUCUGCCCGAAUCUUUCGGGCAGCUUUAUCAGCUAGAAGAAUUUGUCUUCGACAACAAGGGCUUUGCAGAGGAGUCCGAAGCUUGCGGACUUUUAUCCCUGCCCAACUCCUUCGGACAGCUGACAAGUCUAGUGCGAUUGGAGCUCCGCAACUGCUUCGCCCUCACCUCCCUGCCCGAAUCUCUGGGGCAGCUUCCGUACCUCUACUCGCUGAAGCUCAUUGGCUGCUAUUCUCUUGCCACGUUGCCCGAAUCUCUGGGCAGCUCGGGCAGCCUCCAGCUGCUUCUUGUGGAUAACAAGGUGGAUGAUGAUGAGGAUGAGGAGGAUGAGGAUGGGGAGGAGGGUGAGGAGGAGGAUGGGGAGGAGGAUGGGAUGAGCAUAGUGAGCCAUUCAACGGCCUUGGACAUGCAUAUGAGCAUGAACGGCACUGACGACACCGCUGCCAGCGACGAUGGCGCAAGCACCGGCAGAAACGGGGACGAAGAAAAUCACAAUAGUUAUGGUCAUGACAAUGUUGACGAUAACGAGGAGGAUGAUGAGGAGGAUGAGGAUGAUGAUGGUCCGAGUGGUCUGCUCGCCCUGCCGGCAUCCAUGGGCAUCACCCCAUCAGCCAUGUGCAAUCUGCGCCAGCUGGUCCUACGAGCCAACGUCUCCCUCACCGCCCUCCCGCCCGCCUUCUUCUCUCUCCGACUCCUCGAAAGCCUCGUCCUUGACUUCACCGAGACCAGAAACCGGGAGUCAUUCUCAGAUCUGCCAGUGAAUUCUCCCAGCCGCAUGUGCUCCCGAUCAGCGUCUCAGGCAUCGCUCUCUGGUCUCGCUGCAGGGAGUAGCGCAGUUGGUAUGGGCACAGGCAGCGAUGCGGUUACCACAGAGACCGGCGGUGGGAUAAACUCUUCCCUUAUGCUGAUUCUGCCGGCUGACUUGCCACCCACACCGGAGAAGAAAACCAAGCCUGCCGGGAUAGCUGAGCUUCCAGAGGAGAUUUCCCAGCUGGUUAGUCUUCGGCGGUUGGAUCUGAUUGGUUGCUCGAAGCUUUCCAAGCUGCCCGAGUCUCUGGGCAGCCUUCAGUUUCUGCAGAGGCUGGUGGUGGCGUUCUGUCCAGCCAUUCAGGCUCUCCCGGCUGGCGUCGGGCAGCUGAAAUUCCUCCAGACUUUUGUUGUCCAGAACUGCCCGAAUCUGCUGUACCUGCCCGACUCAUUGACAGCAUUGACAGGGCUGCCCGAGCUGUGCAUAGAUGAGAAAUCUGUGGGUGUGAAGAUUCCAGAGCAUUUGUUGAGGCUGCCUGGGUUCCGCCGUGACAGCUGUUUCUUUGAAGACCGGCUCUUCAUUGACCUGAUUGAGUAG